CUUGAUAAUGAGAAAGUAAGCAAAAACCAUAUCAGCGUUACUGAUAUGAAAUAAAAAAAGCUAUACUUAGUUUUGUUUACUUUUGUUUAAAACGGCUGACCUUAGCAAAUUGUUAUUUGACUAAAUGACAGUAGUUGUCAGUGUUAUAGUCGUUUGAAUUUCCUUAACUGCAUAUCAGAAAAAUGAUUCAUUUGACAGAAAUGCACAAAAUAACAAUUCUAUAGAUGAUUGGUUAUGGAAGUUGCUCACUUGUUUCAUGAAAAAUUUCAAAAUUUGCUGCGUAUAUCCAAAGGGUCUAUUAGUUAACUAGAUAAGCAGUUUCGCGAGCUUUGACAUGCAAGGCAAAUAAAAAAUACAGCUGCCAUUGCAAUAAAUAAUGUUACCAAAUUGGAUAUAAUGCUUGAGUAUCAGGAAAACCCACAUACUUCUAGUCUAAAAGCAGUCCCAAUAUUCGAUAUUAGCCAUUCAUCGAUUAUUCAAACAUUAAAAGAAAAUAAAAUGCAUCUCUAUAAAAUAAUAUGGAAGACGAUUUUGAUAAGAGAAUGCAAUUUUAUGAACAAAUGAUGGCAACGUUAGAUAAUAUGGUGAUUCAAUUAGAACAUGUUUUAUUUUCUGAAGAGUGUACUAUUACACUUCACGGUCAUGCUUAUCGUCAAAAUUGCCGGAAUAUCCUCACUGGAUGAGACAAGAACAUAUUCAAUACCCUGGAAAGGUUAAUGUUUGGGCAGGAAUUGUUGGUUAUCAUAUCAUAUGUCCCUUUUUUAUUGAUAGAAAUUUGAGUGGCGAUAAUUAUUUAGCACUGCUCCAAUAUAAUAUCGUGCUAACUUUGUCAUACUUAUAUCCCGAUUCUGCAAACCCACAAGUUCCAGUAAAUAUGAUAUUGUUUCAGCAAGACGGAGCAACGCCCCAUUGCCAAAUCAAUGUCUGGCAGUACCUCAAUCGAGUAUUUCCAAAUCGGUGGAUAGGGAGGCGAGGAUUGAUGGAAUGGCCAGCACGAUUCCCUGAUCUGACAUCAUUAGACAUUUUCUUAUGGGGAAAAUUAUUGUAUACAAAACUAAACCCUCGACCUAGCUGCUGAUUUAAGAAGACGAAUAAUGCUUGCAAUUAGAUCGGUCACGCCUGAGAUAUUGAGUAACGUUAGAAGACAUUUUUUAAGCAUUUUAAACAUCUCCUACAUUGAGAUGUAUUUUUUGUUACAUUAUCAAAAAAUAAGCAGUAUUACUCAUUAAUUUUUGAGUGUGUUGUAACGAAUUUCUGUAAUCAAUUUAUUUUAUUUUAUUAUUGUAAAUUUUUGUAAUAAAUCG